AUGGCACCGGCAUGGAACGGCAAGCCUCUGAGCUUGAAGGUCAUUGGUACCAACCAGGGGACUUCAAUGGACGGUAUUGACAUCGUCCAUCUCCACUACACCCAAGAACGUCCUGAUGCUCCAUUGAAGGUCCAGCUGUUGCACGAGGGCGAGAUCGAGUUUGACGGGGAAUUGAAGAAGCGUGUAAUGCACCUCAUCAGAACCAACAAGACAUCACCUGAGGAGAUUUCCAUGGUCAACAUCCAGCUUGGUGAAUUCGCCGCCGAUGCCAUCCAACAAUUCGCAAAGGAACACAACUUCAACCUUCAGGAGGAAGUGGACAUAAUUGCUGGGCAGGGACAAACAAUCUGGCAUCUGCCGCUCCCAGAACUCUUCGAGGGUGAUCAGAUCCGUGCACACCUUGACAUGUCCGAGAUCUCGAUUAUCGCGGCGAAGACGGGUAUCACGGCUCUGUCGAACUUCCGAGUGAGCGACAUGGCACUUGGUAGACAAGGCUGCCCCCUCUUCGUUGCCUGGGACGGACUCUGCGCAGCCCACCCUACCAAAAACGUGGCAGUCCAGAACAUCGGAGGAAUUGCGAACAUAACCAUGCUCCCAAAGGGCGACCCAAGAUUGGGCUACGACUUUGACACCGGACCAGGAAACGUAUUUAUUGAUGGGGCAGUCCGCUACUUCACCAACGGCGCGCGCCAAUACGAUAAGGAUGGAGCCAUGGGCAAGGCAGGGAAGGUAGACCAGGAGAUCGUAGACGAGGUCCUCCAACAGCCCUACUUCCUGCACGAUAUCCCGAAGACCACCGGCCGCGAAACCUUCGGAGACGAACUCGCUGAAGAUCUUUGCAAGCGCAUGAUAGCCAAGGGUGCAUCACCAGAAGACUGCGUCGCGACUAUUACCCGAAUCACAGCGAAGUCCUUGGCCGAUGGCUACAAGCGUUGGGGCCCACCUGAGGGUUUCGACGAAAUCUACCUUGGUGGUGGUGGCUCAUACAACCCUAACAUCAUCGGCUACCUGCGCGAGCAAUUCCCUAACACGAAGAUCCAGAUGCUCGAUGCCAUUGGUGUCCCUUGCGGCGCCCGAGAGGCGAUGGCUUUCUCCUUCAACGGACUGGAGUGUAUUGUGGGCCGAAGCUUGAUUGUGCCAACGCAUGUAGAGAGUGACCGAGCGGGCAUCAUUGGCCAUAUCCAACCGGGUGCGGGACUGCAGUACCAUCGUUUGAUGAAGCACGUCCAGGACUUCUGGGGAGACUGGCCAUUGGAGAAGAGAAUGGACCCGGUGCUGAAGAUGGAAAUUAUCCAGGAUGGAAAGGUCCAGAAUGCGAACUAG